CUGACAUCUCGUUGACAUCAAGGCAUCAGCAACAAUCAACCAUCAUGCGGGCAGCAUACUCCAUCGCCCGAGUCUCGAGGGCUGCUCUGACCCGUCCUCGCUUUGCGUCGGCGCGCUUCGCGAGCACCCUCUUCAAGAUGCCGGCCAUGUCGCCGACCAUGACCGAGGGCGGCAUCGCCGACUGGAAGAAGGCCGAGGGCGAGGCCUUUGCUGCCGGCGACGUGCUGCUCGAGAUUGUACAGACUAACGGCCUGCAGGAGACGGACAAGGCGACCAUCGACGUCGAGGCCCAGGACGAGGGUGUCCUCGGCAAGAUCCUCUCGCCGGCCGGCACCAAGAACAUCCCCGUGGGCCAGGUGAUCGCCAUCCUCGCCGAGGAGGGCGACGACCUCUCCAAGAUCGAGGUGCCCUCCGACCUGUCGGCCCACGCGCCCGAGAUUCCCAAGGAGGAUGCCGCGCCGGCGGCGGCCGCGCCCAAGGCUGCCGAGCCUGCGCCUGCUGCUCCUGCUUCGACCGAGGCCGCCAAGCCUAUCCACAAGGAGCUCCACAGCGCGCUCCCCCUGUUCCCCUCUGUUGCCAGAUUACUGGCCGAGUCCAACUUGACACCCGAGCAGAUCGACGCCAUCAAGGGCAGCGGUCUCCACGGCCGUAUCACUAAGGGCGACGUCCUCGCCGCCGAGGGCGUCGUCAAGAGCCCCUUCGGCUCGGCUCAGAAGCUCCUCACUGACACUGUCGGCCCCAGCGGCUUGAAGGCGAGCGAGCCCAAGCGUGUCUUUGGCGCUGGUUCUGGUGCCGCUGCCGCCGCUCCGGCCAAGGCUGAGCCUCCUCUCGACGGCCCGGCCCUCCGCCGCCUCAUCGUCCAGGGCCUUAACAAGGCCACUGCUCACGUCGCUCCGGCUGCUGCCCCCACCAGCGCGCGCGUCACCGACGCCGACUACGACGACAUCUUUGCCGACUACGGCUCCUUGCUCCCCACUCCCGCGGCACCAGCACCUGCCGCUGCCAACGCCGCCGCCGCUCCUGCUCCUGCCAAGCACGAGUACGACGGGCUUUUCUAGACACUCAUGAUAUCAUAGGCGAGAGAGAGACGGAGACGGUUAAAACUUGCAGCUGGCGUCAGUAUAGGACGCUGCUGUUAAGCCGGACACAUUGCUAUGCACAUUUGGCCCUGCGCGGCGGCGUUAGCCAUGCGUAAAUGCGAUCCAUGCU